AUGCCAAACCAAUAUAUUUUCGGAUAUCAACAGCAGACCCUCCCUGCGAACAAGAAUGUGUUAUUAACCAAUCACCCUAAUAAUGCCAACUUAAACUAUAGCCCAACCUUUGCAAAUACUUAUCCUUUGGAUACCGCAAGUACUACCAGUUCAAUUUCUUCUUCUUAUUCAUCAACUUCUUCCUCCUCCUCCAGCUCCUCAGCCUCGUCUUCCAAUUCGUAUCAAAAUCCAAGACUUCGCUACUACUUAUCCAAAUCCUUUGACAUUGAAGAUGAUCUAGAAUUUUGUCCUGAUAUCCCAGAAAAUUUUGAGAGUUCACCUCCUGCUAAAAAAUUUAACCCAUAUACUGCAUCAAUAUUCCUGCCAACCUCAAUUCAGGAUAUUUAUUCAGGAAGUGGUACUCACUCACCUAGCAACAAUAUGACUGCGGCUCCACAAUCACCUAGACUGAGAACCCCUCGCAUUAAAAAACCAUUAGAAAUUAUAAACCCUCAAACAAAGAUGAGAGUUGGAUCUUCAUCACUUACUAAGUGA